AUGGCGCCAGUAGGUAAAGCAGACAGGAAAGCAGCACUAGAUAUUGCCUCAUGGAUGUUCAACGUUGUGACUUCUGUUGCGAUCAUCAUGGCCAACAAAGCGUUAAUGGCUACGUAUGGCUUCAGCUUUGGUAGGAACAUUUUUAUUCUAUAGAUUUUAUAACAGUUUCGCUAAUGUAUUUGCGCACAUCCCUUGAUGUUUACACUUUGUCCGUUUGCACCUAAAAUUGCUCGUCUGUAAUAGGAGUCGGUGUGAUGUGUAUGUAUAUAUUUGCGUAUAUAUGUAUCUGUUGUUCUUGAUAUUUUCAGUUAAGGUAAAUAUUUUAGUUUGGCUCUAAAUUUUUUUGGUGAUGCAUGCACGACUGGGUGCACACAUACGUGAAUAAAGACGUACACCUGUUCUCUACAUGGAAAGAAAACUAUUGGAUCAUAAAAUUAAAAAUUAUUUUCAGCUAUCUUUCUAGAUCUGGCCGAAAUCCACCUGGUCAAAAAAAUUAUUAAACCGUCUAACUUGACUCUGAUUUCCCCACUAUCAGAGCUGAUCCAGGAGCUAGCCCGGCCACUGAAAUUAUGAAAACCUAUGUUGCCCUUUGGGACCAGGAUCUGACGAGGAAGUGAGAGAGAGGGGACACCAAACGUAGGUGUGUUAAUGUCAACUGAUAAUGAGGAUCCAAUGGAUAUCCAACCUUUCACAUUCGUGGCAUUCUCUCUUUGAUAUCUGCCUCCCGAGACGACCAUUAGGUACCCAAACUGCACAAGGAGGGGAGAAGUGGCGGAAAAAUUAAAGGGUCGGGCUAAGAUUUUUCUUACUAGUAUUUCAAUGUUCCAUUGAUAGGAUAGUAAAGGUAAAUGGAGGGUAGAAAAAGUGAUGUUUUCGCAUUUUGCAAACUCAAAUUUCUGAACAGGAAGAUGAAUGCGGUUCUGCAAUGCUUAUAGAGCAGGAAUCCGUGGCAUAAAGGUUGGUUUCUAUUUCUGGAAGGGAUCUACAAAAAAAAAUUCGUGCAAUAUAGUAGGUUUAAUUGGAUGUUAUUGUGACACUCAAGAAUAAAUUGAUGAUUAGUCAAGGAAGCCCCAGUGAGCAUGUUAGAUUGGGUUACAACAGUGUGAGGGUUUGAAGCAGGAAUGUCUUGGUUACACGCCCUUCCACAUCUCUUAUCCACUUUACCUGCCAGUGUUUGCGGCUGUACAGGAAACUUCUCUGUUACAGAUAAUCUUCUCCACAAUGCCGUCUGUGAAACCGAGAGGGUUACUUUUCAUUUCAUAGGAAAGGAGCCAUGAUACAUAUCUUCAUGUGGGAAAUUGCAGUGCUCAGUAAAGCAUAGAUUAUGGUGACGACCCUGGAGAAUAAAUGGGGAGAACUAUUUUAAAUUGUCAGUUAAUGUUUACUCAAUGUGGAAGAGAUUUCACAUUUGAUAAAGUCGACUCUGAUCCCACAUCUAAAAAAAGCAAGGCCAUAUACAACUGAAAAUUUCACAAGCUGUUGAUUAGGUUUUUAAUGUACAGAUCUCCAUUCGCUGAGGUCUUCGUCACCGUGAUUCAUUCCUAUCGGGCAGAACUCUUUAAAUGCUGUUUGAUCUUGAAUGGAAUCUGGCCUAUUCUCUCAGGGUGUGGACAGGUAUCUAGCAUAACUGCCAUCAGUGAAUAAUGGGAAUCCUGUCCAAUAGGAAUGAAUCCUGGGAUAAGAAGACCCUAGCGAAUGGACAUAUUCAGAAACUAAUCAACAGCUUGUAAAAUUUCAGUUGUAUAUGGUCUUGCUUUUUGGAUUGGUAUGUCCUUUAUUUUUCUUGAAGAAGGAAUAGCUUGCAUUGGGGACCUGCUAGUGCAGGUUGAUGUCAUGCUUUGUAUCGCACUUGGUCAAUAAGAUAGGAAUAGGAGCGCUGUGAAUCGUAACUCAAAGGUCCAAAACUGUUAUCUCUUCUGACUUCUUGGAAAGACAAUACAUCAAUUUAAAAUACUCAGCCAGAUUCCGCGGAUUUGGUUUAUUGUCCACAUUUCCUUUUUAGCAUCAAGAUUUGUUUGCGUUAAUUUCCUAAGAUGAUUACUAUUUUUUCCCUGUGAUUAUAUAUGUUAUAUUUAAUGCUAUAUCGUACAAUUUUCAGUGUUUACCAAAACUGAUGUACUACAGUUUCUCAUGCUUUAUGCCUAAAAUGUUUCAAGAAGCCUCAGCAACCCUAAGCAUAUUAGUCUCCUUUAUUCUAACCUCAUAAUAUGUUGCAGAGCUUAGGUAGCGAGGAGUUAAAUGGGUAUGACACUUUACUCUUCCUCCUUUUGUGGACUAAAAUGUGAAAAAUGAACACACAAAAGCCACAAUUUAACAGAAGACACACUUCAUGUAUCUUAGUGUGACUGAACGUUGUAACUGUUUCAUUAAUGUUCAUAGGAAUAAACAUUGUAUUUCUAUAUAAUAAGAUAAUUCACACCAACCUUCGUAGUUAAGCAGUGGAACGUCACUAACACGUGUUCUAUAUUUUUUGGUUGAAAAUGGUGAUAAUGAUUUUCUAAAGAAUCAAUGUGAAAUAAAUUCUACUAUUAUCUUUAUCACCCGUCUGCAUGUCAUCAUUGUAUUGAAGGCAAUGCUAUUCAAAGGGAGAUGUACAGCAAUCAUUGCAGGUUGUAAAAUUAGUAUGUUAUAAAAGUAUUGAUAAUAUGUGUUGUUAAUUGGACAGUAGGGGCUCGCAAUUGCCAGGGAGGAGUAAUAUAACUUUUUUGAAAACAACAAUAACACUAAAAUAAUUGGUUAUUAUAUUAUGAAUAUCAUGCAUAUAUUGCAUGUGGGUAUGUGUCUAAAGCAGUACAACUACAGUUCCUCAAAUGGAAAAUAUUCGUUGGAGACGAUUCGGUUUGUAUUUUAUCCCAAAUGGAAAAUAACGUUGUGACUUAUUGGUGAAGUGAAGAACAUUGUCGAUCUCGUAGAGGUACGACUUGGACCAUAGAAAUUAGUGCGAAGAGAGGUCAUCCUCUAUUCCUGUGUCCACCCAUGGAAUAGACUUAAUCCGUCAAAUUGCAUCAGUCCUAGAAUUAGUAAUAUCUUGUCUUGAACAUGCUCUACUAGGCAUGUCAUGUUGAAUAAAAUAUACAGGUUGAUGCCAUCCCAUCUAGUUCUCAGAUUUUAGACUCUUGUGUUCUCCUGUAUGCUCACGUGUUGUGCUUGGUGGUUUGAUCUGAUUAUAUGAGUUAGAUUGAAGUUAGGACUUUCCAACUUCUGACCCCAUUAGAAUUUUUCUUCAGCUAAGUAUGGUCAGAGUAGGCUAAAGAUUGGAUCACCUAUGAACCCUACCACUCCGCUGUGAAAUAGUGUCAUAUUGCAUAACUGACCACUAUAAUACUCUAGCUGGCUUUUGUUGGCUCAAUUCGACCUGGGUUUUCUUUCAGUGAUGCUCCAUAAAAGUUUAAUGUCAUCCGGAUUUCCAUGUACCAGACAGUUUGUGGGAUGUGAAUAACUGUGAUAGAGGGUUCAAAAGGUGAAUCUUGCGUUUAUCUGGAACUGGUUUUUUCUAUGCAGUGCAUAGGGUUAUUUCUUUUAGCACUUCUCAAUUUGAUUAUCCUUACAUUCUGGAUCGAGCUUCAACUUGACUUAUUCUUGAUGGUUUUGCAGCCACAACUUUGACUGGUCUCCAUUUUGUCACGACAACUCUCAUGACAGUAGUUCUUCGGUGGCUUGGAUAUGUUCAGAAUACAUAUUUGCCGAUAGCUGAGCUUUUGAAGUUUGUUCUCUUUGCAAACUUAUCAAUUGUCGGGAUGAAUGUAAGUCUGAUGUGGAACUCCGUGGGAUUCUAUCAGGUCAGUCGAGCAACAGAAUUUCCCCUAUUUUGGCAUCGAUGGCUAUUAAUAAGAAUAAUGGUUACAUUUUUUAUUUUGGUGCGCUUUCCAGAUUGCAAAGUUAUGCAUGAUCCCAGUUUCCUGCCUGCUGGAGGUCAUCUUGGAUAAGAUCCGAUACUCAAGGGACACGAAACUUAGCAUACUUAUUGUUCUUACUGGGGUUGCUGUUUGUACGGUUACUGAUGUGAGUGUAAAUGCUAAGGGUCUGAUUGCUGCCAUAAUAGCUGUUUGGAGCACUUCCUUGCAACAAUAUGUAAGUCGGCUGAUCAAGUCCCCCCCUCUCUCUCUCUUACGCGCGCACACAUACACAGACACCCCCCCCAUAUAUAUACAUAUAUGUAUCUAGAAUCGACAUAGCCAUGUCUUCAUGUUCGUAUGCACGUGUGAACAUGUUUUUGUUUCAUUUGGUGUAUUUACUCGCGUUGAAGUUUGAAACUUGUGAGGCACUUUUCUCGUGGGUGCCUUUUGGUAGUUCCGCGGAGAAUACAGGGGAUUAUUUUUAAUGUAUUCAAAUUGCUUGUUUUGAGUGCUUUAUAUGACAUCUUCGUCUUCGAUUGAAAGUGAGCACUCGACCGUCUGCUCUUCUGUGAAAGGGUGUUUGCUUUGUCAAACAAGUAAAUUUUACGGGCGCACACUAAUGAUUCCUGAUUGCAUAUUUCUUCUUGUUUUGCAGUACGUCCAUUAUCUGCAGCGGAAAUAUUCACUAGGCUCCUUCAAUCUCCUUGGCCAUACUGCUCCCGUCCAGGCAGGAUCGUUGCUUUUGUUGGGCCCCUUUGUGGACUAUUGGCUGACUGCUAAGAGGGUCGAUGCGUUUGACUACUCCCCCACUACCGUGGUAAGUGUGACGACUUAUUCUCACUUUGACCCAUGCUUCCCUCGUACGUUGUAUCUUUGUAUCCGGUUGAUGCGCGCUUUCAAUGGGUGACGGUCGGGAGAUGCCUGCUGUAUGGUGGUGCAGUUCUUGAUCCUCCUGUCCUGCACGAUCGCGGUGGGAACCAAUCUGAGCCAGUUCAUAUGUAUCGGGCGGUUCACGGCCGUGUCGUUCCAAGUGCUGGGCCACAUGAAGACCAUCCUCGUCCUUAUCAUGGGGUUCAUCUUCUUCGGAAAGGAGGGCCUGAACCUGCACGUGGUGCUGGGCAUGCUCCUAGCGGUCAUGGGGAUGGUCUGGUAUGGCAACGCCUCGGCCAAGCCCGGCGGGAAGGAGCGCCGAAGCUACUCAUUCACCAGUGACAAAUCGCAGAAACAUGGAGCUCUCUCGGAUUCCGGGGAGCCCGACGACAAGGUGUAG